AUGGUUCAGAUGUACACUAUCGCCGGCCGCCAGAUUGGCUCCCACUACCUGGCCAUGGGCGUCCUCGCGACCCUCUUCGGCGGCGCUUCCUACGGCCUCAGCGGCAGCAAGCCCAAGGCUACUGCCACUCCCCCCAUCAACGCAUCUAGCUCCGACGAGGCCGACUUCAUCAAGAAGUUCUUGGACAGCGCGGACAAGGACGAGAAGGCGAAACACUAG